UGCUUACAUAGAUACACAACGCUAGUGGUAUCUUCCUAACAUCUUCGCUGUGAAUCUGUGACGGUCAGAAACCGCGUUGUUUGAGAAAAAGGAAAUCGGAGAAGAGACGAGCUGCAAACUUAAAUUAUCAAAAGUCCUUCCACAUCUGUUCAUAUCAUCUAUGCAUGCGUAACACAUACCAGGACAGUGACUGGGCCCAAUCGAAGGAAGGCUGGCAUCCGCUGCUGCAGGGCCUGACGGCCCCCGGGCGGGCGACUACUGGCUAGGAAUUGAUAAGCUGGAGCAUUUUGUUCUUUGCGGCCUAUGCACCAUCGGUGUUUACUGGCUCUGCGUACGGAACUACCGCGCUCACCGGAGCAGGUUCACCCUCAGCAUCCUUGUGGGGGUCGUCCUCGGCUUGCUAAAGGAGCUGGGAGACUAUCUGGGGCUCUGGCCCGGCGCUCUCUCCGCCAAGGACCUCGUUGCUGACAUCCUAGGCGUCCUGCUGUGUGCCGGGGGCCUUCUGCUCUGGGAGCGAAAAUACGGCAUCCCGCAGAAUCCACCGCCGCCGCCUUCAUCCGCGUCGUACCCUAAGACCUGGGCAGGAGCCGUUUGGAGCAGGUUGGGCCUUACGCCCGAACCGCGAUUCGUGGAUCUCGAGCACGGGCUGGUGUACGGCCAGCGAAUCCUUAGACAGUACGGCAACAGCCUUAAAGAUCUUAGAUUGCUCAUUCCAAGCCCGAGUUCGAGUCGGCUUUCAUCUUAUAUAGGCUACAAGCCGUUGGGCGUGGGUAGGACCGGUCAGGGCAGUAGGAUCCGGUCUGGGCAGGGCGUGGGGACAGGGGCUAACGGCAUUAACGGCGACGGCGGCAGCAUCAGUAGCAGCGGUGAAGGCCGCAGCAGUAGCAACGGUACGGCUGGUAUGGGAUCUGGUGCCGUACAAUUAGGUCACUACCACCAUGGCAAUGCUUCCGUAAACGGCUCGUGAGCCUGUCUGACCCUUGGGUGGGUGCGGCUGGUGAGAACUAGUUAGGUGGAGAACCCGGUAUAAGCCCCAGAACGGACCCGACACUACCGCCAGCUACUGCCUACCGUUCUAGUCACCGCCGUCAGCUUCCAAAUCAGCUCCUUCAGAACCGCGAAGUUCGCAACGACUAGCCUCCCUGGACCCGGAUCAGCUUCCGGAUCUAGGAUCCAUCAUGGCUCUGGUGCCGUACCGUGUCUCCGGCGCCGCUGCCGACCAGCGAGCAUCCGAGCGGCUGUUGCAGCUCCCUGGCGGCGUUACACUUCGGCUGCUGCAAUGGCCCGCACUCAGCGGUGCCUCGGCUGCCUCCGCUUCCGCUUCCACUACCGCCCCUGCCAGCAGCAGCAGCAGCUGCUGCAGCCUUCCGGGAAACGCAACAGCACCCGGGCCGGCCGCAGCUGCCCUCACGUCACUUGCGACCUCAUCAGCGGCAGCUACAGCAGCAGCAGCAGUACAGCCAACAACUCCACAGUUACAUGCUGCCGCCGCAGCCGCAGCAGCUGCUAACGUCACAGUAACCCGCGUGGGGCAGUCCCAGUUGAGGUUGGAAGACGGCUGCGGGAGAAGUCGUGGAGCAGCGCCUCUGGUGGGCCCUAAGCCGCCGCUAUCCAGCCUGGCCAAUGUGGGUCUGGUGGUGUGGCAGGCGGGUUUCCUGCUCGCGGAGUACCUUCUGCGUGUCGCACCCUUUGCAGGGCAGCGCAAGGGCGAUGACGCAGCCUCCUCCUGGCGCUCGCUGACUGUUGUGGAUCUUGGAACGGGCAGCGGCGUGGUGGGGAUUGCGCUGGCGCUUGCGGGCGCGAGGGUUUUACUAACGGAUCUGCCGCACGUGUUGCCGCUGACGGAGGCCAAUGUGGCGGCGAAUUGUGACCCACGGGUCUGUCGGACGACCAUUUGCUCCUACCGCUGGGGCGAUGACCCUGCCGCACGUGUUAACGUUGCACAGCACAGCUUCGGGAGUGGUACGGACGCAGGAGCAGACGGUGGAGGGGAACGGGAGCCGUUCCAGUCGCCGACGUUGUCUCCUCUGGCAGGCAUCCAGCCUGACGUCAUCACCGCCGCUGACGUGUUGUACCACCAGGAGCUGCUGCCGCCUCUCAUGGCUGCCGUACAACGGCUAUCAGCGCCGUACACCGUGACGUACGUGUCGUACCGAGUACGACAUGGCGGCGAGGUAGCUGCGUUCGUACGACUGGCUGAGGCAGCUGGCUUUGCAGCUUCUGCCGUACGGGACGCUGACUUGCACACGGAGUAUCGGGGCAACAACGGUGGCGAUGGAGACGGAGAUGAUGGGAGCGUGGAGGAUAUGGAGGUUGGGGAGGACGAUGCGGGCCAGUGGGUGGGUGACGGCUGUGGGGCGGGCGGUGGUCAGCGGCCUGGGAGCUACGGCAUCCUGCGGCUGUGUCGGCGGGACUGCUUGGUGGCUGUUACGGAGCCGUCAACGGUUGGGAGCUAGGGGGGCAUAGGUUGGGAGCUGAUUAAGCAUACUAGCAGCCUGGGGGUUAGGAUUUUGGAUUUUAGAUGCCCCUAGGGUGCUGUGAUUCGUGGGCCGUCAGGCGAUGCUGCUGAGUGGAUGCGGUAGGCAGUGCCGCGGAUAGUGACCAGAUGGUAGUAGGGUGCUUUCAGCGACCGAGUUAUUAUAGGUUUAUAGCAUGUGUAAGGAUGAUGCGUAGGUUUGCAGGUUUGCAGCGGCAAUAGCGUGGCGCUGUGGGUGUAGAUGCCGUUGGGAAGGACGGCGUGUUGAGAUGGCUGGGGAGAGGGCGCACAUAGAGCUAAGGAAUGGCAGUUAACGUAGGACGGUUGCCUUGUGCGGCAUCGUGAAAGAUACAGCUUAGGACUGUCGUGGAACGGUAGUGAAAUCGGGACGGUGCACCGGUGUGCGCCUAACCGUACGGACCUGGAAGGGUGUGGAGUUGGGCCUCCUGUGAUCCGAGAAUGGACGUUGUUAGUGGUAAGAGUGUGGGUAUUGCAACCUUGUGACCUCCCCCCUAAGCGGUUGUGUUACCACUGAGUGUGGCGUGCGCUGUGGCAUUCGGGCUGGGAGUUUAGGAUGAAUGAGGAAGGUGCUGGGCUGUCGAGUCCAAUAGGUGGGAGCAGCCCUGUGGAGCCCACCUUGCCGGGUUGACUUGGGGAUGAUACCAAGCUGUAAGCUAAGUGCAA